AUGCGCUGCCUUGUCCUCCUCCCCGUUGUCUUUUGCAGCCUCGCUCAGGCUCAAGGUUUUAUUGCCGCGACGCUGUACAGUGAUACGGGCUACGAACUUGAUGUGUAUCGGGAUCGCUGUACCAACUUGCGAAGAACUCAACCCAGAUUCAACCAAAUUGAAGUCGGCAACUCCAACGUCUGUUUCCUAUAUCGCGACCUCAACUGCAUUGAUGAGGUAAAGAGGUUCCGGGCCGGAGAGCACGACAUUGAAGAUGUGGAUUUCAAGUCUAUCAAAUGCGAAGGAACACUAGAAACUAUGGGCGACGAGCAGUCAUGA